AUGGCCGCGGUGGCGAUGACGAGGAAGAUGAGGCUGGCUCUGCCGGUGCUCGUGGCGGCGCUGCUGCUGCUCGCGGUGCUCGGCGACGCGGCGCGGCCGCUGGGCGGCGAGACCUGGGCGGCCGCCGGGGGUGCCCCGCUGCCGGGCGCCGGCGUCGUCGAGGUGUUCCGAAGGCUCUACCUGCAGCGGCUGGGCGGGCCGGGCGCGUCCUGCGGCACCAACAGCCCCAACAAUGGCUGCCCGCCGUAGGAUGCUCCCCGCCGGCGUUUCCUCUCCCGCGCGUUCCAACGCGUUUUUUUAACUACCCGAUCGAGUGGUCGUCUAGACUCCGGUGAUCCAUCGGUCGUCCGUAGGAUUUGAUUCGUUGGUUUGUUUCUUGGUGAUUGAUUUUUGGUGCUGCCCACGCGUUCGUACGUACGAAUGCAUCCUGCGUGGCAACUUGUAGUUUUGUACAUACAGACAAAAAUACAUACGUACGAUCGGUUUGAAUAAAGCACAG